AGAGGGGAGGGUCGGAGAGGGAGUGAGAUCUGUCCGGCUGCUGCAGCAUCACUCUGAGCGGCGUUUCAGUGCAGUGAGGAGUCCGGCUGCUGCAGCUCUCCGUCUCUCUGGACGCUACCUCAGCUCCUCCCGGAGGAAGCGCUUCCUCUGCGACCCGCUGACAGGAACGAGCAGAGUUUUGGCUCCGUUGCGUUUUUCCUACCAACCACACAGGGGAAUGCCAUCCAUAAAUAUGAAGCUGGAGAUGGUGACCAUCAUCGCCUGCGAGGUAGACACCGAGGUGUUUACGUCAGACAAAAUGCAGGAGAGGUUUGAGGCGCUCUUCAGGAUCUACGAUGACCAGGUCACUUUCCAGUUGUUCAAAAGCUUCAGGAGAGUCCGGAUCAACUUCAGCACCCCAGAGGCGGCGGCCCGCGCCCGCAUCGAGCUGCACGAGUCCGAGUUCAACGGCAAGAAGCUAAAACUCUACUUCGCUCAGAUCCAGAACGGCGAUGAAGACAUCGACAAGUCGUAUCUGGCUCCUCCGCAGCCGGUCAAACAGUUCCUGAUCUCUCCACCCGCCUCUCCGCCUGUCGGCUGGAGUCAGAGCGAAGACGCCACGCCUGUCAUCAACUAUGACCUGCUGUGUGCUGUGGCUAAGCUCGGACCUGGUGAAAAGUACGAGCUCCACGCGGGGACAGAGUCCACCCCCAGCGUGGUCGUCCACGUGUGCGAGAGUGAGACGGAGGAGGACGAGGCGGUGCGGCCAAAGCAGCAGAUCGUCCAGACCAGACGUCCCGACGGGCCUCCCGCCGUCUUCAACUAAACGGGGGGACGGUGGGGAGCCUCCGCCCCGACCCCGCCUCCUCGGCCUCCCGACUGCGGCGCGGCGUCCGCACCCUUUAAAAAACCCGUGACACACCUGCCCCCCCCCUCCUCUCUCUCUCUCUCUCGUCUCUGCACUCACAGAGAGCGUCGACGCCCCUCAUUUCAGUUCAACUACAAGCGAAAAACAAAAACAUUGCUUCGAACGACGGCGUUUGUGGUGGAGCGCGGCGAUGGAAUGAGGCGGCCGGAAGGGAAUGGAUGACACACAAACACUCAUCACAUUCUGCGGACAGCGUGGGGAGCGGCGGCCUGGCCUCCCACCCACCAAACUCCCCCCCUCCUCAGUUUUCAGCAACACGGGGGGCGAACAUACCUGUCCGAACACAGGCACCUGUCACGUAUCACUCCCAGCUGUCAUCGCUGCUCGUCCCUCACCUCUUCCCUUCAUUUGUACAACGAUCACCCCGGACAUUUUGUUUUUCCUUUCAAGAUAUAUUAGACUUUCUUUUUCAAAUCUGCUGUCUUGCAUCAGGACCGAGUGUGUGAUGUUGCCGCUCCUCUCUGCAUGUAUAUACUCUGUUAUGAAAAAUAUGUACUGAAACACAAAUACUAACAAGUCAUUCGAAGAAAAAGGAACCUAUUUAACGUCACACACCGCACGAAGCGCCAUACGUGACUAACAAAGAUGCGCUGGAUGUUUGACUUUCUUUAUUUCUGCUUCUUCUUUUGUCUUCUUUUUUUAUUUGAAAGGUGUUUUUGCUAACUAGAUGUGUAUUCAUACUCUGUAUUUGAUAACCCAACAAUUUUUGCAUGCCUAGUUACUUCUGGAGACGAGAAGCUGAAGCUUUUUUGCUAUUGUUCGUGAUGGCAGGGAAUUGGUGUUGGCGGCGAGUUUUGCUAAAACUUGAUGGAUUGGAAAACAGUUCAUCCCUCCUUUUCUUAAAGGAGUUUUGUGAUAUUUGUCUCUUUUUUUAAAUUGUAUUUUCACAUCCCUUUCGUUUGCUUUCUGCAUG